CAUUUUGCUCAAAGCGGGCCGACCCGUCUGCCGGUUGCUUUGCGCACACAGUGCCAGUGGCAAUGGCAUUGGAGGUGCCCCGCGGCCGACGCGCCGAGACAGCCGCCGAGCCGCCGCGGCGAUGAAGCGCUGGAGCAACGAGAGCUCCCGGACUGGCGAGCCGGGCGAGGCCGAGCUGCCAGCCGCCAGCGGCGAUGAGCCGCAGGGCGUCAAAGCAGAGGCCGCCGCUGAGGGCGCCGCUGCGGAGCGGUACUCGCAGAGGACCGCACGGGCCAUUGGCUGCGGGCUGUCGAAGCGCAGGCUGCGGGCUAUCGAGGAGAGCAAGGCGUUCAAGGUCGUCACGAUUGUCGCUCUGGUGUUUGCGCUCUUCGGCUGGACAUUCGUGAUUCUUCUGGAUGUGCCCGACGAUCCGACGAAUCUGAUCGUCGACAUUCUGAUGACGCUGGCAUUCGGCGUCUUCGUGUUGGAGCUGAUGUUGAGGU